UGUCCCACGCGCUCACGCCUGCCUCGCCCCCUCCAACCCGGUGCAGCCCCAGGCCGCUCCCGCUGACCCUCACCUUGCCCUGCCCCGUGCCCCUCCCCCGCUGCUGGGGUUGCGCGCUCCCCACCCCCACUCUCGCCCCCUCCUCCCUGCUGCUGCUGCCGCCGGGGGCCGGGGUCUGGGGCUGCUCAGCCGCCCACAGCGCUUCCUCUCUCUCACCACCGCGUUGGCCUCCUCUCUGCCUUCCCUCCCGGCUAUCAGCAGCACUGGGCAGGGCAAGGGCGGCUGUACCGGCUGAGCUGCACCACCGACCGGGGGCGGGGUCCUGGGCCGGAGCGGAGGGCGCGUGCGGUGGGUUGCGCCUGUUGGGGCCCGUGAUGGCUGGGGCCUGGCUCAGGUGGGGGCUCCUGCUCUGGGCAGGGCUGCUGGCGGUGUGCGCGCACGGCCGGGUGCGGAGGAUCACGUACGUGGUGCGCCCGGGCCCUGGCCUGGCGGCGGCGGGCGCCUUGCCGCUGGGCGGACCCCCACGAGUGCGGACCUUCAACGUCGCGCUCAACGCCAGGUACAGCCGCAGCUCGGCGGCCGCCGGCACCCCCUCGGAGCGGACCCGGCGCACCAGCCAGCCUGCCGGCGCGGCCCUGCAAGGGCUUCGGCCACCGCCACCGCCUCCAGCAGAGUCCGCUCGUGCCGGGGCUCCGGGCAGGCAGCUCCAGCCCAAGCCUGGAGGUCACCCGGCGGCCGCCCCGCUUGCCAAGCCGGGCAGGCAAGUGGUGCGCUCCAGAACGCAGCAGGAGACCCAGGGCGGUGGCUCGAGGCUGCAGGUUCACCACAAGCAGCAGCUGCAGGGGGUCAAUGUUUGUGGUGGGCAGUGCUGCCAUGGCUGGAGUAAGGCGCCUGGUUCCCAGAGGUGCACAAAACCAAGCUGUGUCCCACCGUGCCAGAAUGGAGGGAUGUGUCUCCGGCCUCAGCUGUGCGUGUGUAAACCAGGGACCAAGGGCAAAGCCUGUGAGAUAACAGUAGCCCGGGACACGUCGGCAAGGGUUGUUGGAGAACAGAGCUCUGGUACUGCCUCCUGGGUCUCUCCUGAGCAAGCCACAAAGCGCACUUCAGCCAAGAAGGCAGACACCCUUUCAAGGGUCAGUCCUGUGGCACAGAUGACCUUGACCCUGAAGCCGAAGCCUUCAGUCGGACUCUCCCAGCAGAUACGUUCUCAAGUGGCGUCCCUGUCCUCACAAGAUGUGCUGAUGCAUCACAGCCAGAACCAGGAGUAUGUGUUCAAGCCCAAGUACUUCCCAGUCCAGAAGAUGAUGUCCAGCGAACAGUCCACUGAAGGCUCCUUCCCUUUAAGAUAUGGGCCGGAUCAAGUUGUGGCUCCUUUUCAAUUGAGUAACCACACUGGUCGCAUCAAGGUGGUCUUUACUCCGAGCAUCUGUAAGGUGACCUGCACCAAGGGCAGCUGUCAGAACAGCUGUGAGAAGGGGAAUACCACCACCCUCAUUAGUGAGAAUGGUCAUGCUGCCGACACCCUGACGGCCACGAACUUCCGAGUGGUUAUCUGCCAUCUUCCAUGUAUGAAUGGUGGCCAAUGCAGUUCAAGGGACAAGUGUCAGUGCCCUCCAGAUUUCACGGGAAAACUGUGUCAGAUCCCCCUCCAUGGUGCCAGUGUCCCUAAACUUUACCAGCAGUCCCAGCAGCCAGGCAAAGCACUGGGGUCACACGUCAUCCAUUCCACGCAUACCUUGCCUCUGACCAUGACUAGCCAGCAAGGAGUCAAAGUGAAAUUUCCUCCGAACAUAGUCAACAUCCACGUGAAGCACCCCCCUGAGGCUUCUGUGCAGAUACACCAGGUUUCCAGGGUCGAUGGCCCCACAGGCCAGAAGGCGAAAGAAGUUCAACCAAGUCCAUCCCAAAACUCUUAUCAAGGAUCCCCUUCCCAGAAGACCCAAACUGUGCACUCGACAUACUCCCACCAGCAGGUCAUGCCUCACAUCUAUCCUGUGGCGGCUAAGACACAGCUUGGCCGGUGUUUCCAGGAGACCAUUGGGUCACAGUGUGGCAAAGCUCUUCCUGGCCUUUCGAAGCAAGAGGACUGCUGUGGAACUGUGGGAACCUCCUGGGGCUUUCACAAAUGCCAGAAAUGCCCCAAGAAACCAUCUUAUCAUGGAUAUAGUCAAAUGAUGGAAUGCCUACAAGGUUUUAAGAGAGUGAACAAUACCUUUUGUCAAGAUAUUAAUGAAUGCCAGCUACAAGGUGUGUGCCCUAAUGGUGAGUGUUUGAAUACCAUGGGCAGCUAUAGAUGUACCUGCAAAAUGGGAUUUGGACCAGAUCCUACCUUUUCAAGUUGUGUUCCGGAUCCUCCAAUGGUCUCAGAAGAGAAAGGGCCCUGUUACCGACUGGUCAGUUCUGGAAGGCAAUGCAUGCACCCUCUGUCUGUGCACCUCACCAAGCAGCUCUGCUGUUGUAGUGUGGGCAAGGCCUGGGGCCCACACUGUGAGAAAUGUCCCCUUCCAGGCACAGCUGCUUUUAAGGAAAUCUGUCCUGGUGGAAUGGGUUAUACAGUUUCUGGCGUUCAUAGACGCAGGCCAGUCCAACACCAUGUAGGUAAAGGACCUGUAUUUGUGAAGCCAAAGAACACUCAACCUGUUGCUAAAAGUACUCAUCCUCCACCUCUCCCAGCCAAGGAAGAGCCAGUGGAGGCCCUGACCUUCUCCCGGGAACAUGGGCCAGGAGUGGCGGAGCCCGAAGUGGCAACUGUAUCCCCUGAGAAGGAAAUUCCUUCUUUGGAUCGAGAGAAAACCAAACUUGAGCCUGGUCAACCCCAGCUCUCCCCAGGCAUUUCAACUUUCCAUCUGCAUCCACAGUUUCCAGUAGUGAUUGAAAAAACAUCCCCUCCUGUGCCUGUAGAAGUGGCUCCUGAAACUUCAACAUCAAGUGCCAGCCAAGUGAUCGCACCUACUCAAGUCACAGAAAUCAAUGAAUGUACUGUGAAUCCUGGUAUCUGUGGUGAGGGAGUCUGCCUGAACCUGCCUGAGGGGUACGCCUGUAAAUGCAACGAUGGCUACAAUAUAACUGAACAACAGCAGAAAUGUGUUGAUAUCGAUGAAUGUGCUCAGGACCAGCACCUCUGCUCCCAGGGACGCUGUGAAAACACUGAAGGGAGUUUCCUGUGUAUCUGCCCAGCAGGAUACAUGGCCAACCGGGAGGGUACUGACUGCAUAGAUGUGGAUGAAUGUUUAAGGCCGGAUAUCUGCGGGGAAGGGCGCUGCGUCAACAUUGUGGGCACCUACCGGUGUGAAUACUGUGACAGUGGGUACCGCAUGAACCGACGGGGCCGCUGCGAGGAUAUUGAUGAGUGUUUGACUCCAAGUACUUGUCCGGGUGAGCAGUGUGUGAAUUCUCCUGGAUCUUACCAGUGUGUUCCCUGCACAGAAGGAUUCCGGGGCUGGAAUGGACAGUGCCUUGAUGUGGACGAGUGCCUGGAACGAAACAUCUGCAGGAAUGGUACCUGCUCCAACCUGGAAGGCUCCUACAUGUGUUCGUGCCACAAGGGCUAUGGCCCAACUCCAGACCACAAGCACUGUAAAGAUAUUGAUGAAUGUGUGCAAGGGAAUCUGUGCGUCCAUGGGCAGUGCAAAAAUACUGAUGGCUCCUUCAGAUGUACCUGUGGCCAGGGGUACCAGCUGUCUGCAGCUAAAGACCAGUGUGAAGACAUUGACGAGUGCAGGCACCAUCAUCUCUGUGCACAUGGGCAGUGCAGGAACACCGAGGGCUCCUUCCAGUGUGUGUGUGACCAUGGAUACAGAGCAUCGGCGCUUGGAGACCACUGUGAGGAUAUCAACGAGUGCUUGGAGGACAGAAGUGCUUGCCAGGGAGGUGACUGCAUUAAUACUGAAGGAUCGUAUGAUUGCACUUGUCCUGAGGGCUUCCAGAUAAAUGAAAAUAAAGAAUGUCAAGAUAUUAAUGAAUGUGACCAACCAGGACUCUGUGGUCCCCAUGGCGAGUGUCUAAACACAGCUGGUUCCUUUCACUGUGUCUGCGAGCAAGGUUUCUCCAUCUCAGCUGAUGGCCGUACCUGUGAAGAUAUUGAUGAAUGUGUUAACAACACUAUCUGUGAUCGUCACGGGUUCUGUGAUAACACAGCUGGCUCCUUCCGCUGCCUAUGUUAUCAGGGUUUCCAAGCCCCACAGGAUGGGCAAGGGUGUGUGGAUGUGAACGAAUGUGAGCUGCUCAGUGGUGUGUGUGGCGAAGCCUUCUGUGAGAAUGUGGAAGGGUCCUUCCUGUGCGUGUGCGCUGAUGAAAACCAGGAAUACAGCCCCAUGACCGGGCAGUGCCGCAGACGGGCCUCCGAAGAGUUGCACGUGGAUCCACCCAGGGAAGAAAAGAAAGAAUGCUACUAUAAUCUCAAUGACGCCAGUCUCUGUGAUAACGUCCUGGCCCCCAACGUCACCAAGGAAGAAUGUUGCUGCACCUCGGGUGCCGGAUGGGGAGAUAACUGUGAGAUCUUCCCCUGCCCCGUCGUGGGGACAGCCGAGUUUACAGAAAUGUGUCCUAGAGGGAAAGGUUUUGUUCCUGCUGGAGAAUCCUCUUACGACCUUGGAGGUGACAACUAUAAAGAUGCAGAUGAAUGCCUACUUUUUGGACAAGAAAUCUGCAAAAAUGGUUUCUGCUUGAACACUCAGCCUGGCUAUGAGUGCUACUGUAAGCAAGGAACAUACUAUGAUCCUGUCAAGUUGCAAUGCUUUGAUAUGGAUGAAUGUCAAGACCCCAACAGCUGUAUUGAUGGCCAGUGUAUUAAUACAGAAGGCUCCUAUAAUUGCUUCUGUACCCAUCCAUUGGUCUUGGAUGCUUCAGAAAAAAGAUGCAUACGACCAACUGAAUCUAAUGAACAAAUUGAAGAAACUGAUGUCUACCAAGACCUGUGCUGGGAGCAUCUAAGCGAGGAGUAUGUGUGUAGCCGGCCUCUUGUGGGCAAACAGACGACGUACACGGAGUGCUGUUGCUUGUACGGGGAGGCCUGGGGCAUGCAGUGCGCCCUCUGCCCCAUGAAGGACUCAGAUGACUAUGCCCAGCUGUGUAACAUCCCGAUAGCGGGACGCCGGCGGCCGUACGGACGGGAUGCCCUGGUUGACUUCAGUGAGCAGUACACUCCCGAAGCCGAUCCCUACUUCAUUCAGGACCGAUUUUUAAACAGCUUCGAGGAGUUACAGGCCGAGGAAUGUGGCAUCCUGAAUGGAUGUGAAAACGGGCGCUGUGUCAGGGUCCAAGAAGGCUACACCUGCGACUGCUUUGACGGGUACCACCUGGAUAUGGCCAGGAUGACCUGUGUUGAUGUAAACGAAUGUGAUGAGCUGAAUAACCGGAUGUCUCUCUGCAAGAACGCCAAGUGCAUUAACACCGAAGGUUCCUACAAGUGUUUGUGUCUGCCAGGCUAUGUGCCUUCUGACAAGCCCAACUACUGCACUCCAUUGAACACCGCCUUGAAUUUGGAGAAAGACAGUGACCUGGAGUAAAGAGAAUCUGUGUCAUCUAAGCCUGUAUUCUCUGCACUGUAAGGAAAAGGGAGAUAUGUGUUCUACUUGAGACAUUGCACCUAACUCAGUGUCAGAAACAUGGAAAUAGCAUGGAGGUGUGUAUCCUGCAGUUGAGAGGAUAUGGUAUGAAGCUGGCUGGUGUGACAGACCAAAUGGACAGUUCUCUGAAAGAAAAAAAAACAGUAUAUAUAGUCUGUUCAUAUGUAAAAUUCAGUGGAGAAGAGGUGGAGCAGUGCUGUUAUUUUAUAUAGAAGUUUGUAUUAUGAUUUUUUGUGUUUUACCUAAUGCUUGAUGGGAUUUGGCAUUUUAAUAGUGUUGGAAAUAUUUUAUAUAAUUUUCAUUUUUGGUUGUGCAGUUUCUUGGCUACUGUUUUACUUCAGUUUUUUUUUUUUACACUCAAGUACAAAAGUCUUGGAUAAAAGAUUGUUCAAAUGUAUUAUAAGUGUUGUUACCCGAGGUUCUGCUUUUCCUGAUCUGGAGCAAUGUUAAAAUUCAAAGUGUCUGUCCUGUGGAGCAGGCAGUGAUUUUGUUGAAAAACUUUGAUAUCAUUUGGAAAAAAGUGCUUUAUAUAUUUUUGGUUUAUAUAUACUGUUUGAUCUCAUGUCCAUCUUAGCCAAGCUGCAAGCAGGUGUCAAUUAGAUUCCUUCCUUUCAUUGAAAUGGGAAGAAUUUUUGAGCUUACAUUGAUAUUGUAAUAUUAAAACCCAGAAAAAAAAUUUUUAAGAACUUGAUGAUCCCAUGGUAUAUUUACCAUUGUAUGUUAAAACAAAAUAAAUCACCAUUUUUGUAGAAA